AUGGCAGGCCCAGGCGAGACGGUCCGGUUCGCAGGCAGCAUCAACAGCACCGCCGGCGCAGGACCAGAGAGCGGCGCCCUUCCACCCACAGACAAUCACCCACCACAACCUGGCACAGCCGCUACUAUGCGCAACCCCGACCCCUUCAGCAUCAUCGCCACCGCCAAUCCAGCCAUGCCAGCAUAUGACUUGAUGCGCAUGCUCAAUGAUGUGGGUGCGGUCAACCGCGAGCUCCAAACCGAGAUCAUGGGCACUCGUGAUCGGAACGUCUUCCUCUCUAGGGAGAACUUUGGGCUUGCACAUCGCGCCAAGUGGUUCGAGGACGAGAGUCAGCGGCGCCAGAAUGAUAUCAACAAUCUUCUGACGACCAUUCGGGAGCAGCGCCUUGACCUCGACAGGCGGGACGAGACCAUUCGCCAGCACGUGAUCACCAUUCGCGAGCUCCGUGAUUCACAUGCGGACAUUGAUGCCCAGGUGACCGGAGUACGUGCGACGGUGAAUGAACUUGGUAAGCAUCUGCCCAAGCUACUGAAUGGCGAGGUCGAGAUGGAGGAUCAGGAGGGCGGGAGUGAGGGGGAGGGCGAGCAUGUGACGGAGCAUGUGACACCAGCUCAGGCCGCGAAGCGCAAGAUCAAGGGUCCAGCGCGUCAAGCCUCCAGUGUCGAGCAGGCUGAUGUUGAGGAGCGGGAGGACGUGUCUGUGGCUGCUCCUGUCACUCGAGGCGUGAAGCGUAAGCGCGGCGGCGAGGCUGCUGCGAAGGGCGCGAAGCGCAAACUCGGCAAGACACCUCCGGCCGCACCAACCAGCGAGGCUGCAGACAAUAUGCAGCCAUCAAGCGCUGAGGAGGAGGCGCGCUACGGCGCCUCCUUCUACAACACAUACGUCACGGACGAUGUGCCUGAAGGCUAUGCUAAGGCCUAG